AUGAUUAGAAUACCUUCUGUAACGCGAGAUCACCCACUGAUUCAUGUCAAAACCCAAGCCAAUGCCGAACCAGCAUCACUUGACUUUGUAUUAUACAUCGUCGCUGCCGUGUCACGCUUGCCAAUCUGCGAACGCUUGAAACGGACGCAUGUCGCGCCCGCGCCCUCCAUCCCCGACACACCGACCGCAUCUUGUGAACAGUUCGACGCAGAGGCAACACCGCCUUCGUUCGGAACUGCCACCAAGACGCGUUAUCGUACCUUGUACAAGAGAAGCCAUGCAGGCACGCUUGGACAUUUCGCUUUUCACCGAGCCUUUAAUGACAACACCGAGAAGAGAAACCCCUCCGCUGCACCUGGACAACCACUGUUCACGAAGCCAUCAAUGGCGACCAUGUCUACAUGUAGACUGUUGCCUGCCAUGACCUAUGAUCAGAGAGUCCUGGCGAGCUUGCUAAAUUCCCUGCCAACAUCAAGUCACAGACACGCCACUAACGCGAUGCACUACAUUUGCUGUCCUUCUCGGCAGCAUCGAGACAUUACAUCUCCAGUCCCUCCAAGUCGACCGCGGAUCGAAAUGGACGGCGCUCUGGACAGCAUGUUCGCACAAUGUAUACUGCCAGAAGAUCACCCUCACGGCCGGCGUUUUCAUCUCUCGCCCGUUGAUUUCGGAAUUCUCAAAAGUCCAAAGAUCGCAGACAAGAUCAAGCUCAAGAUGGGAAGAAAAAGCUCAAGGACAUUGAGGAAGCAGCUCAGUCAGAUCAUGGACGGACCGUACAGUCCUGACGCUCACCCUAUGACAUCAGCCUCAAUUGUUGAUGCCACUGCUACACCUUUGCCCGAGGAAGGCGACAGAGAUGGGGAAAACAGCCAGCGCCAAACCUUCCCAUCGCGCGUACCGAAACGUUUCGGCACCGCAUCCGCUUCAGAUGAAGCCGCGCAGCUCCAUCGCGCUCGGCCUGCUAUCUACAGUCCUUCGGUCUACAGCAGAUCCGCAAGCAGAGUGGACGGCGACAGGCCAAGAGCUGGAAAGUCCACCAUGAACCGGCUCAUGCGGCCAAAUUCCGACUUCUUUGGCCUUGCUUAUCGAAUGAUCCUUCCAAGAAAGCCUUCCAUCUCCACGGCCGGCGACCGCCACUCACGACACAACUCAAGACACCUCAGUGCAUCCACUGACAGCACUAUCACUCGCCGCUUGGAAGAGUCCAACAAUGUCGAUGGCACUUAUGACACCCUCUACGACCCGGCCUGCUAUUUCGAUCAUUCGGACAUUCGACUUGAUCCUGGAAAUCCAGACGCUUCGAUGACGAAGGCUAAAAGGCAGUCCAAAGUCCAAGAGCAUAAACGGCAGAUAUCUGAGCACAAAGAACGCAUUUGA